AUGAACAAACGUCGAAGCACCUCUUCCGUUGGAUCAUCAACAGCCUCUUCUUCAUCAUCAAUGAGUGUCGUGCAACAAAGAGGCUUUAAUUUAUAUGAUGGUUCAACUAAUCACAGUACAGCUAGCAGUACAACACUUUCAUCAAAUUCUGUUAGUCAGAGCAUGUUUCCAGGACAAACACCUCUUCUUUUUCCACCACAACAACAAAACCUUCAACAACAACAACAAGUGUUAAUAACUGCUACAAAGACUGGACACUUGUGUACGGAACAAGAAGAGGAAACUAGAUUGCAAUAUCUCUUUCAAAAAUACUAUAAUCUUGAGAAGAGACACCGAAUUGAAAUGCAGUGGUAUGGGCAUCCAAUCAGUAAUAAUAAUAACUGUCCAGCUAUGGUUGAUAUUUUGGUGACUAGUAGAAAGUUGAAAAACGAAGAAACCUCACCAACAGAAGUACUAUUCAAAACACAUUCAUACGAAAUUAAAUUAAUACCGAAUGAGUAUUUCUUUGAGUGGAAUGGUGGAAAAAAGAGUGGAUAUAAUGUUGAACUUAAAUUAUUUAAAAAAGCUGUUAGUGGAAAAAAGAAGAAAGGAGAGGAAUCACAAGAAGUAUAUAAUGAACACACUGAUUGUGGUGUUCCAUUGAUUAGUUAUACAUAUACAGAGGAUGUGUUCACAAAUUCUUGGAUUUUGAACUUGAUAUGGCCAGAUGAAAAAACUAAAACAUCCUUCAGAGGAGACUUUUACUUUUCAAUUUCUGUUUAUAGAAAAAUUGAUGAAGAUACAUUUAGAAGACUUUUCACAAGAGUUUCAAGUAGAUUUAAGAUUGUAUCAAAACCUGGUGUAUAUUUAAGUAAGAAGAGAAAAAAGUCUGAGGAAGAUGAAGAAGUUUCCAAUGAAGUACCAAGCUCUAAGAAACUUCAACCACCACAAAAGGUCAUUCCUCCAAAUUCAUCAUCAAGUGCCACCUCAACUUUAUUACUUCCAAGCUUAGAAGCUACUCCAAUGCCAACUUCCAAUUCAAACCUAAAUACUAUUUUCACAAAUACUGUACAUGAUGCAUCAUUAUUCCUUCCUCUUCCACAAACAAUCAAGCAACAACCAUUAUCUCAAUUAUCUACACAAGAGAAUCUCCUAUCUGAUAAUCAAUUCUUUGCAGAAAUGGACUCUAAUAGAAAUUUGAUGCAACCACCAAUAACCAAUGAAUCUACCAAGUCUGUGGAUACAUCUUUAAAGAUUGAUAACUCCCAGCUGAAGCCAUCCUUUGAUAAUUUAUUCUUUUCACAAGCUUCUCAACCAUUCCUUUCAUUUUCUCUUAUUGAACCAACUCCAAAACCAUCAUCAGAAGAAAUUAAUCCAUUCUCACCAAUAACACCUCAUACACCAUCAACACCAAAUGGUAUUUUUGGAGAACAUCAACAAAAUCCUCAAAAAGGUGUGUUGACACUCAAUUUUUCACAAGAGGGAGCAACUGAAAAUGAUUGGUGGUUCUACAAUACUUCUCAAUUACCAGAGAAAGAAGCUCAAACCAAUGAUGAUUUCUAUCACAAAAUGUUGGAAGAUACUAAUAAUAGGAAAGUGUAAAUUUGAAUUUAUUAAAUAAUUAUGAUGACUAACAAGUGUGUUUUGAAAGUCAAAGGUU